AUGCCCUGCAUUCGACAUCUCGGACUCAUCUUUGCAGGCUUCACCGCUGCACUUGUCCCAUUACCUGCAGGUGGGAACCCUCGUAAUAGCUAUGUCAUUGAAUAUGGCACGACGGAGAGCUCUGAAGGUAUGCCAUUGACCAUCGAGAAUGGACUUCGAGGAUACGGUUUCCACUGCUCCAUCAGUAGUUUCCGCGAGUACAACUCGAACAUUCUUCACGGAGCCUCUUUCUCAUUGGAAUGCGGCGAAGGAGUGGUCCAACUCCACCAACCAUCCCUAAAUACUAUCGCUCUUGUCACUGAUGCCCAGAAUAUAUGGCGCCUUCCCUCCCAAGGGGGUUUAGUCGAAGACCAAAGAACGUUGAAGCAACAGCAACUCUCACCUGGUCAGCGAAAGUCUCUGGAGAAAAACGAUGUUGAGCGCAGAAGCGCUGUGCUAGCCAACCUCGAAAGUACCAGUAUCGCCUCGAAGUCCGCGCUGCUCCGGGCUUCGCAUGAGGACACUGGCGUCUUGCGCUUACACGAAGAGAAUAUAACUGGCGCAAACGUCCGCGUUGCCAUCAUGGACGCUGCGAUUGACGUGACUGCACCCGGCCUGACCGAGACGAACAUCGCGUACACUACCAACUUGCGGACCGGCGCCAAUAAUUCAGCCGGGAGCUGCGACCCGCACGGCACCGGGAAUCUCGGCAUAGCCGGUGGGAAGGGCGACCCGCUAUGGGGCUAUACCGGUGUCGCACCGGAUGCUAUCUUUGAAGCCAUCGCUAACUCUGACUGCGUCAACCCCAUUAACGGGGACGACCAGGUGAAUGACUUCCUUCACAUGUACGAGAGGCAUCUGGACAUCAUUUCCAUUCCUUACAGCUACGAGUUGGAAUACCCUGAAGCCCCUUGGCCCGCUCUGAUAGAGCGUAUGUUCAAUAACGGUACUCUCGUAACUACUGUUGCCGGCAACACCGGUCCAGGGUUAUAUUCGAUCAGAGCCCCCACGGCCAGUCGUGGCGGCAUGGCUAUCGGUACCUACGACACUUCCCUCGUCCCGGUCUACACAUGGCAAGGAAAUUGGACAGCAGGCGGCGAGACUGGCCUAGUGUUUUAUCACCCGAGUGACCCCACCGAUACGCAAAUGUUCGACCUGCCCGCCCAGAUCAACUUGACAUUGUGGUGGCCUGGCGCUGUCGACCCUGCAGCUCUUGAGGGACCCCAAGAUAUUGUGUCUCCUUGCCGACCUCUUCCAGCCGGCGCAAAGCCGCCCUCAGAUCCGGCAACAACGAUACUUCUCCAGUCUAGAUACGAAUGUUGGAGCGACCCCGAUGACGCGUCUUUGGAUAUCACCGCCAAGUACGGAAUACCCUAUGUCAUGGGUUACGCCCCCAACUACGCCGUUCACGCACUCAGCAUCCCCCGCAUGGGUAGCACAAACCUGACCCCUUCCGUACGCGCAGCAGUCAACAUCCGUUUCGACGAAGCCUCAAGACUCACAUCGCUACUCGCAAAACACGGCCGCGUCGAUCUCUCCCUGACGGGCGAUCCAUCUUCAGCCAAUAUGAACCUCAGCUUCAUCCCGAACAACCAGACGGGUCUCACGCCGUCGUCCUGGACAACAUGGGGGCCGGCUUUGGAUACACACAUGGGCGUCGCCGUUCUCGGACCGUCGCAGUACGUCGCCAUGCCGUUUCCUGCACGUCUCGGCGGCCUCGGCGUAUGGGCCGGAACCAGCUUCUCAACCCCGUACCUGGGUGGCGUCGCUGCCCUCGUGAAGUCUGCUCAUCCCGAGUGGUCGCCGCGCCAGAUCCGCAAUGCCAUCGUGGCCACUGCACAUCCUGUUGAUUAUAACGACGGUAUUCCGAACUUCAAGGUUCAUGCUAUCAAAGCCCCGGUUCAGCAGCAAGGCGGUGGAAGGGUCGAUGCCUGGAGUGCUGUGCGGAGCGUCACGACGGUCAACGUGACGGAUCUUGCUUUCAAUGACACCGACCACAGGCCACCGUUCCUAAGUUUCACCCUCGCCAACACGGGUAUCGAGGAGCUCUCAUAUCAACUGGAUCAUCUACCAGCGGGGUCAGGUUACGUGAUCGAUCCUGCAAACCCUUACAACUUCUCCUUGCCGAAUAUUAGCGAUGCCUACGCCAGCCUGUCAAUUUCUCCCACAUCUCUGACGUUGAAGGGCGGUGAAUUUGCGCCUGUGGCGAUAUCGAUCCUCUCUGAACCUGACUUGUCUGAUGCCGCAGCUCGACUGUCUUUUUUCGGCGGUUACGUAUCAGUCCAGUCAUCAGCUUCUGAGGCGAAUCUUCUGACUGUGCCUUACACUGGUUAUGGAGGAUCCCUGCUCAACUUACCCAUCAUUGAUCGGACGCAGACCAAAUUGAUUGGAGUCAGGCUGUCGGGUUUCGCGUUCAUCGAUGUUGAGCCCGGAAGGAUAUUCAAUGCCACAUACAACGCCAGCGUCGGCAUCAACGAGAACCCCAUCACCUAUCUUGACGAUAUAUAUCCCGGAUUCGCCUUCCAGCAAGUUGUGAGGAGCAGGCUAGUGACGUAUUCCAUGGUGAAUACCAAGACUGGCGAAGCGCCAUUCCACAACGACACCGUCGGAACAGACGCGGAGCCAAUGACUGCGGCUUGGUUCUGGGGCGGCUCCGAGAACAACAGGACAUUUGUGCCGGCUGGAACAUAUGUCUGGGAGGUACUCGCGCUACGGAUGAACGGUGACCGUGAAAACCCAACACAUUUUGAAUUCUGGAGGUCAGACGAAUGGAGCUUGGCUUACAGUCUGAACAGUACUGGCUUGCCUUCGGUGUGA